GAGGAAGCGGAAAGAGCGGUGGCGGAAGAGGCUGGGGCUGGCGCUGGCAUGGAGCUGGGUGGUGGCCGGAGCCGGUAAUGUAAGUGAUUUUCUAGCAUGGACACUGUUGCUAGCCAUAGUUGUCAUCUUCUCCAGCAGCUACAUGAACAGCGCAUUCAGGGUCUUCUCUGUGACUGCAUGUUGGUGGUAAAAGGUGUCUGCUUCAAAGCACACAAAAAUGUAUUAGCUGCUUUCAGUCAAUAUUUCAGGACCCUUUUUCAGAAUUCUUCAGGCCAGAAGAAUGAUGUCUUUCAUUUGGACAUUAAAAAUGUAGGUGGAAUAGGCCAGAUCUUGGACUUCAUGUACACCUCUCAUCUGGAUCUUAGUCAGGACAAUGUACAAGCUAUGUUGGACAUUGCGCAGUGUCUUCAAGUGCAAAACGUGUUGAAUAUUUGCCACACCUUUUUAAAAUCUUCUACAGCUGUAGAGCAAACAGCCAGCAUGCCUUGUAGUAGUGUAUUUUCUCUGCAUAACACUUUGAGUGCGGAUACUAGCUGUGCCAGUGACAGUUAUGGAACAAACCUAUUACAUGAAUGCUCAUCUGACACGCAAGCUAAUAAAGUCUUGGCUGACCACCAUUCUCAUGCAUCGCAGUCUGUUAAUCUUCAUGCACCCUCAGGUGAUGUACAGAAACAGUCACACGACUCAUUAGAUGGCAACUGCACAGUGCUUCCAUUUAAGCAACCAAGUUACUAUUAUAAACUACGCAACUUUUACAGCAAACAGUUCUAUAAGCAAAACGCUUGCUCUAAUCAGGAGAGGGUGACAGAACAAUCCUUUUCUUACAACACAUCUACAGAAAUAAACACAGCAGAGAAUAAUUCUUGUGCUGUCAGUCACUCUGAAUGUAUUCUGGACACCUCUGAUCAUUUACCAUCAAACUUUCUGGUUCAGUCCUUGAAUGAAGCUGCUCCAGAUCAAGAUGCAGAAAGUGCACUUUUGCAGCCCACCAAACAGAUGCGGCUGAAAAAGGCAGUGCACCUCAAAAAGUUAAAUUUUCUGAGAUCUCAGAAAUCUGCAGAGCACCCUCCUGAGCCUAAAAGCGAUGACAGUAGUAUAACAAGGGUAAAUGAAUCUGUAAAUGAAAGUACUGUGGACAUGACAAAUAUCAGAGUUACUGAAGAAAAAGAAGCUGAAGACUUGGUGAAUUCUGAGAAUUUUGAACAAACUGUUGAAAUUGAAAGAUCUCAAGGGCCUUUGGAACAAGAAGGCCAGUCGCAGACUCUUCAGUCACAGAGACAAUAUACUUGUGAAUUAUGUGGGAAGGCUUUCAAACACCCAAGCAAUUUGGAACUUCAUAAAAGGUCUCAUACAGGUGAAAAACCUUUUGAAUGUAACAUUUGUGGGAAACACUUCUCACAGGCAGGUAAUCUCCAGACACAUUUACGUCGACAUUCUGGUGAAAAGCCAUACAUUUGUGAGAUCUGUGGGAAAAGAUUUGCUGCUUCUGGUGAUGUUCAGCGUCACAUUAUUAUUCAUUCUGGAGAAAAGCCUCAUCUGUGUGAUAUCUGUGGUAGAGGAUUCAGCAACUUCAGUAAUUUAAAGGAGCACAAAAAGACUCAUACAGCAGAUAAAGUAUUCACCUGUGAUGAAUGUGGGAAGUCAUUCAACAUGCAACGAAAAUUAGUGAAGCACCGAAUUAGGCAUACGGGAGAGAGACCAUACAGCUGUUCAGCAUGUGGGAAAUGUUUUGCAGGCUCUGGUGACCUGCGUAGACAUGUGAGGACUCACACAGGAGAAAAACCCUAUACAUGUGAAACUUGUAACAAAUGCUUCACUCGCUCUGCUGUUCUGCGGCGGCACAAGAAAAUGCAUUGUAAAGCCACUGAUGAAGGUCCAAACACAAUCGACGAAUUUGCUCAAGGGAUGGAAACUUCUGAUCUUGAGAAAUCUCAGAGUUCGGACAAUUUUAGCCAAGAAAUGUCUGUUACAUUAUUACCAGUUUCAGUGAAAUUUCCCGUUCGUCCAACUGCAAAUCCAACUGAAUUUGAUAAUUCUGCAGAUUCUUACUGUAAGCUGCGAUCAAUGAUUCAACACAAUGACUCGGCAAACCAGCAAAAACUGAAUGUGGAUUCUGCUAAACUCCCAAAAGCUCCGACACAGCAAACGCCACCACCACCAUAUGCUUAUACAGAUGUAGAUGGAUCUUCUGCAGAAGAACCCUUACAGUCUGAUAAUAUUUCCAUGAUUCGUCCCUCUAUGGUUAGUUUGGACAGCCAUUGUAAUGAUCCACUAGGCAGUCGAACAUCAUCUGCUGCAUACAAGAAUACUGAAGGACAAUUUUUCUCUAGCAUGACCCUUUGGGGUUUAGCUAUGAAGACUUUGCAGAAUGAAAGUGAAUUGGAGCAGUGAGGGCUCAGGUUACUGAAUCGAAACUUAGAGGCAUUUCAUGCAAUAGAUAUGUCUGUGUUGUGAUUACACUGCAGUGUAGAGAGGUCUGAGCUAGUUUUUAAGCCAGCUAGUUUGGGUACUGCUAGAUACACAUGCUAGGUACACAUGCCCAGAACCCAGUGUAGGCUGCCUUUACAUGGCUUCUCAGCAAAGUUCAAAUCUAGUUUUGGGGAUCUUUAUUCUUCUGUUACUGCACUGCGUAGCUGUUCUGUUGUCAGGAUUUGCUAAAAUUUGCCAUUUUGUUUUUCAAUCUGAUAAUGGAAGAAAGGAUGGCCUAAUGUCAAAUUUCAUGAUAUGAGUGCAGUUCAGCUGUGGGUUGUCAGAGUUUUAUGAGGAUGUACAUAUGAAAAGAGGGAAACAUUGAACAAAUCCCUGCUGAAUCUGAAUUUGAAUAGUGGCUUUCUUACCAGUAGGACCAUUGGUUUACAUGACUUGAGUAUUGUGAUAUUAAAAUUAAAUGUUAAAUACUGGACAGUAUUUGUGAUAGUGCAAAGUAACUGUAUAUCUAGAAACUUUAUUUUUUUUACAAUAAAAUUUUUUUUAGUAUUUUAUAAAGUAUUUUGCACAGAAGAUUAUUUGUACAAUGAAGACCAAGGUCAGGAAAUGCUAACUUAAUUUGAAUAAAGGGAAGUUGUUUUACAUUGUAUCUU